GAUGAGUUCAGUGACGGCUAGCCGGUUUUAAGCUGGAUCCGAAACCACGCGCCUCAGCCGGACGCAGCAGGUACUGGUCUCUGCCGGGAGCUGUUUGACGCUCCGCGGGUGCGCCCGGGACCCUCUGCCUGCGCGAUGGCUGUGGUCAUGGUGAUGAUUCUCGUGAAGCGGAAAAAGAUGCCCCGCCGCCCCCUCCAGCAACACCCAUAGCGCUUUGCAUCGGGGCAGGAAUUCAGUCAUGUGUGGGCCGUGCAACUCGCGCCGAAGAAACUAUAUAAGGGAAAUCGAUGUCAGAAGACCGGCGGAAGAGCAUUUGCUGCCCAAUCACUUUUGCUGGUCCCGCAGCGCAUCUGGACAUCUGACGUCGCCCGCCUCGGUUGACCUCCUACAGCACCCAGUACACCUGAGCCGAAGUGUCUUCCGCGUGUCGACCAUCCAGAUUUUUGUAGCACAACACUCUGUUCGAGAGCACUCCUAGCGUCUUUGCGUCCGCGCUCAAUUUUUCCGAGCAUAUACUCGCCGCAUCUUCUCAUCCGCACCUCACAAUGGCAAGCAACGGGGCCGCCAACGGUCACGGGGAAAACACCGGUGUUGGAACCGAGAGCAUCAAUACCGAGAUCAUCACCCUCACGAGAUUUUUGACUGAGGAGCAGACGAAGCACAAGGAAGCCACUGGCGAUUUCACCCUGCUGUGCCACGCGCUGCAGUUCGCCUUCAAGAGCAUUGCGUAUUACAUCCGACGCGCUACCUUGAUCAAUUUGACCGGUCUUGCUGGUUCGUCGAACACCACCGGCGACGACCAGAAAAAGCUCGACGUAAUCGGAAACGAUGUCUUUAUCUCGGCUAUGCGAAGCAGCGGCAGAGUCCGCCUGCUCGUAUCAGAAGAAGAGGAAAAGGUUCUGGUCUUCGACAAGGGACCACAUGCCAAGUACGCCGUCGCCUGCGACCCGAUCGACGGCUCGUCCAAUCUCGAUGCCGGCGUGUCGGUUGGCACCAUCUUCGCCAUCUACAAGCUGGACGACGAUGCAGAAGGCACGGAGAAGGACAUACUGAAACCGGGAACGGAGAUGGUUGCUAGCGGCUUCACUAUGUACGGCGCAUCGGCGAUGCUUGUCAUCACCAUGAAAGGCGGCCCGGUCAAUGCUUUCACUCUGGACAACGCGCUCGGCGAGUUCAUCCUGACACACCCGAAUAUGCGGAUACCCAAGAAGCGGGCAAUCUACUCGGUCAACGAGGGCAACAGCCUGUACUGGGAGGAGCCGGUUAAGGAGUACGUCAACAGCCUGAAGUAUCCCGGCGAAGGUGGCAAGCCCUACAGCGCGCGUUAUAUUGGAUCGAUGGUGGCCGAUGCGUACCGCACGCUCUUGUACGGAGGCAUCUUCGCGUACCCGGCCGACAAGAAGAGCCCCAAGGGCAAGCUUCGAAUCCUAUACGAGUGCGCACCCAUGGCCAUGGUGUUUGAGAAUGCUGGAGGUCAGGCGGUCAACAGCCGGAUGCAGCGAAUGCUUGAAGUUGUUCCAGAACACAUCCACGACCGGUCUGGCAUUUUCCUCGGCAGCUACGACGAAGUGCAGAAAGUGAUCGAUGUUCACGCAAAGUUUGCUAAAUGAGUGCGAAAAUGAAUUGGUGGAAAAGGUGCGAAAGGACCUCAUGGAGUCGAUGAGCCGGAUUGCAUACACGAACAUUAGCCAGUCGCGAUGCUCUAGCCAAAAAUGUAAAUAAACUGCACGCAGAAAGAUUUUGAACUAGCACAAGCUUUUCAUGUCA